AUGGAAUCCGACCGGGAACAGCUGUUGGAAGAAUUAGAUGCUAUCGAUGCCAUCUAUCCGGAUCUUAUGGACCGAAAGGUGGACGAUUCGAGUAUUAUAUUAAUCAAAGUUCCGCAACAUGAACAUAUUACAAUUCAAGUGUCAUUCCCACAAAAGUACCCAUCAAUCGAAGCACCACAUAUCUUAGAGGUUAUUGUAUCGAACUCAGCCAAAAGACAGGAUCUGUACGACAUUAAAUACCUGCAGAACCUGUUCCAAGAAGUAAUGGACUCAAAUUUUCAUCAGGGUUCAGUAUGCUUCUUCGAUUUUCUCACAGAGUUAGAUGCUGUUCUAUACAUGGGUGAAGAAGAAGCAGCAAAUGAUGAGUCCAAUGACGUGGGUCGAGUCAAUAGAUUGGAACUGAUACCGACAGAUCCAUUUGAAGGUUGGAUUGCGUCGGAUCCAAUUACGGACCGUGCAUCGACGUUUAUGGCAUUUGCUGCCCAUGUAGAUUCAGAGGCACAGGCAUUUGCAAUGUUAGAAAGGCUCAAGACAGAUACGAAGAUUAAAAAGUGCGCACAUGUGAUGAGUGCCUGGAGGAUCAAAGUACCAAGCGAGAGGAAUAAAGAUCAAGUUAUUACAUAUCAGGAUUCGGACGAUGACGGUGAAGCAGCUGCUGGUUCGAGGAUGUUGCAUUUAAUCACAAUUAUGGACGUUUGGAACGUCAUGGUAGUCGUGGGACGUUGGUUUGGAGGGACCCACAUAGGCCCCGACAGAUUCAAACAUAUCAAUUCUACAGCUAGAGAGGCAGUACUAAGAGCUGGUUUCGAAAGACAAGCGUAG